GUUGCCUACCCCGUCUUAGAUAUAACUUCAAAAUGUUUUCAUACAACUUUUAUUUCUAGUUUCUUGCAGUAUAUUUCAAGUGAAGUGAGCCCGCCUAAUGACGAACCAGAUUCUUCCUCUGCUCCUUCUAAAGAGCAGUUGGAGCAGGAAAAACAACUGCUGCUUUCCUUCAAGCCAGUAAUGCAGAAGUUUCUUCAUGACCAUGUUGAUCUACAAGUGAGUGCUCUGUAUGCACUUCAGGUGCACUGCUACAACAACAACUUUCCAAAAGGCAUGUUACUGCGCUUUUUUGUUCAUUUCUAUGACAUGGAAAUUAUUGAAGAGGAAGCUUUUUUGGCAUGGAAAGAGGAUAUUUCUCAAGAGUUUCCAGGGAAGGGCAAAGCUUUAUUCCAGGUAAAAGUGUGUAUAAUGGAGCAGAAAUUAAGCAAAUCUGUACUGAAAAAGAUUCUUAUAUUUCCAUUGUGCUGAUGAGUUCAGGGAAGCCUGUUGUAAAAAUAUUAAGUACUUAGCUUAAUUUAGAAAUGCUCUUACGUGGCAUUUAUUUGGGCUGGGGAAGGGAAUAUG